GUUCUCUCCAGACUUACUUCUCCCUCGCAGUACGGUUAAAUCUGCCAGUAUGGAUGGACGAGAUUGCGAGAUUGAAGAAGAUAGCCCAUCGAUCUCGUCUCCAUUGAAAUCAGGCAGCAAAAUUGAUAAAGAUUCCACGGAUCAGGUUGAGACAGAGGAUGAAUUCGAAACAUCUGGUCCAAAGACUGAAGAUACAGAAAGCGAAAUAUUAAGCUCUGAUUCGGAUCAUUCUUUUGAUCACGUUCUUGAUGGAUUACCCAGAAGCGAAAGCAUGCCGCCAACAAAGCUAUGUGCUACCUGUCAGAAUAUGGUCGAUCAACUAAGACAAUUUGUUUGGGAUGCACCGAUAUAUCAUUUACGGAGUCUAUUGAACCUAAAAGCUUCGGCGCAGAAUGGUUGCACCUUGUGUGCCACAUUUAUUCGCACUGAUGAUGAAGAGGGGCGCGAUGCAAUGUUUUCAAAACAUCUUGAUGAAUGGAAGGCCAGAUUUGGAGAAGUCCCCACCCCAUGUUCAUGAGCGUUCAUGGAUACCCGCAAACGUGGACUUCAUCGUCUGCCGCAUUUUAAAUUGUACUUUUCA